AUGUUGAAACGUAAACGGUCUAUAUUCGUCUACACCGUAGCAUGUUUUUGUCUCUCUUCGCUUCUUGUCAAUUGUGCACCGGUGAGUUUUUAGAGAUAUCACAAAGGGGUUUUGUUUCUAGUAUGGAAAGUCUAUAGGACAUUUUUGUGAACACUGUUUUCAAAAAAAAAAAAUUUCUUUUACAUAAAAAGCUCGAAAAAUGGUCAAGAAAAAAUCGAAAAUAUGACAUUUAUAUGAUGGUACUAUUGAUUGAUUAGAAAUUUUUACUGAUUAAUUACGUGUGAAUCAUUUGGAAACAAGAAUUGUCCAGAAAUUAGAUUUUACAAUUUGAAAAGUUAAAUUAAAAAAAAUACAGAAUAUAUUUUUAGCACAUCUACCACUCGCCAGAACUUCUCCCCUCCCCCAUAAACAUCUGAACCCUCUAAAAAUUCCAGAAUACCGGUGCCCUUCGCUCACCUCUCAACGAAACCGAAGAAACAUCCGAUGAGCCGGAGCCACCUAAUAAACCGCUUCAAGAAUCGACAAAUGUUGUGCGACAUCUUGAAAAUGUCAUCAUUUCUGGAUUACGUGUCGAAUCGAUCUCUGAUAACUCUUUUGUUGGGUUCAAUGAGUAAGUCUGAAAAAUUCUGAUUUUUCUAAAUCACAUUUUUAAUAUAGCCCAACUCACCAAAAAAAUAUUUGCAGAAAACGCCAUUCAAUUGUGAAACCGGAUGAAGAAGUAAAAGUUGUGAUAUUUGGCGUCAAUUUUUCAAAUGUUAAUUCGAUUACUUUCACUGCUAAUCGCUCUUGUCAUGAUCAAAAGGAAUAUAUUGAAACCGAUUUUGCAAUUAUGACCGCUUCAAGAAUUGCGCUAACUCUAAAAUUUGCAAAGUAAGAGAAUUUUCAAAUUUUAUUCUUAAAAUUUAAAAAAAGUAUUAUUAAAAUUAUAAAAUUAUAAAAACAAAAAAAACAUGUCUUGUUCUCUUCCUCCCAGUUUCCUCCCGCAGAAAAGAGGAAUAGGGAAAGUGCGCUCUAAUGCUAAUAUGUAUGCAGGAAAUACAUAAGUUGGCCUUGCAUUAUUUCUAUCAUUAUUUCUUAAUUUUUUACCCAUCUGUUUGUGAUGUCAACACAAAAUUUAUUUUUCAGACUCGAUGAAAAUCAUGUAUAUAAUUUAUGUAUUUCUGAACGGGUGAAUGGAAUUGCUCAACCGGUCGCAUUAAUCGAGGAUCCAUUUUUGGUCAUCUCGACACAAACUCCUUCUCGUAAACUACUUAUGCCACUUUAUUUGUCUGUGAGUUUGAAUAAGUCCCUGGUGACUGGGUUUUUUGAGCAAAGGCCAAAAAUUGAAAAAAAAAUUGAACUUUUUUGACAAUCUAAUUCUUGAAGAUUAUUCUCGAAAUAUGUAGAUUGUUACGUCAGGAAAAAAAUAUGAAUCGUAAUGAUAUUCGAAAUUAUUUUUACCUCUAGAAAAAAAUUCCUAGCUUUCCGAAAAAAAAUUUCCCUUAUCACAUUUUUCUAUUUCAGGUCCCAGUCUUAAUAUUGCUAUUAUGUCUUUCUGGUCUAUUCUCUGGUCUCAAUUUGGGUCUCAUGACGCUCACACCGUAUGAAUUGCAAUUGUAUAUCAAAUCAGGUUAG